AUGGCAGCAGCUGUUGGGGCUGUGCCUCCUGAUUGGGACGAGGUUUAUAUAGCUGGCUACAAUCCAUCUGCGUCAGAGGCCCUAUGCCGAACGACCAGUCCAGAUGGAGCAGACUGGUGGUGGGUCAUGAUCCAAGUCUUGGGCUUGCAUAUGAGGUUGCCGGUUCUUGCAGCGGAUGGUACCCGUGCUGCCCCUCAUGGUGUAGAUGGCGAUGCUGUCAACUGGAUUUGUGUGCCCCCACAAGGGAAUGCCCAAUGGAGACCUUCUCCAGCCGAAAUUGUGAACGUGUCGGCAGAAGCCAAUUUGGUGAUGAUGCAGUACAACCAUGGUCACAACUGGCCAGUGAAUGUGCCUGGUGUUGGUGGCCCUUUGGUGUCAGUCCAGGCAGCUUUGGCUGGACCAGUGGCGCCAGGAGGUGCUGGCGUGGUGGGUGGCGCGGGUGGUGUCCCCGUGGCAGCGGUUCUGGGGCCCACCGAUCAAGGCGCCGCUCCCGAUGCAUCAAGCCUGAAAGCUUUGGAGGCCGCGGUGCAACAGUUGCAGGCUAUGGCGCUGAGCCCGGGUGGAUCGUCCAGGAAGCCCGAGGACAAGAAAAAGAAAAAGAAGUCCCGGAAGAGCAAGAAGAAGAAGAAACGAUCCAGGAGCAGUUCCCGGAGUUCAGCCAGCUCCAGCAGUUCGAGGUCGCGCAGUUCCCGCAGCAGCAGCUCUGGAUCACGCAAGAGCAAGCCCCUAUGUUGGAAGGAUCAUGGCAAGGACCGGAAGGUUCACCAGGCAGACUUGACACAUGUGGACAUGCUGAAGUUCAAGAAGCGGGGGGACUUGGUGGCCUUUGCCAGUCGCCAUCCAGGGGCACUCACAGCCCAUUUUCUGGCCGGAGUGUAUUCCAGACUCAGCAAAGGGUCUUUGAGCCGGAGUGGCCAGUUGAGGGAGCCUUCAGUGACUGCGUGGGCCCAUCAGUUCUCAGGCCUCACAGAGAUCCGGGACAUCAAGGAGGUGGUGACGCUUUCAGAGGUGUUGGAUGCCGUGAACAGGCGGGAGAUAGCUCAGGCCAUGGAUAUCGUUUGCCAGCGCAUUCUGGCAAUCCAAGCUGCAAAGACCAAAGGCGGCAGCUGGGAGAAGGCCGAGGCAAUAGAGCUGGUGAACAAUUCCAAGAGCCUGGCCAGCACAAGCAUGCUGGCGUUGACCAAUGCGGAUGUUGACAAUCUAUGUGCAUACUACGGGGGGAAUAUGGUUGUGGCUGCCCUUAAUUGGAUGCAUGGAGAGCGGGUAGAGCGCUUUGACAUUCUAUCUGCUGCUCAUGGGCGGGUGCACUCUCGGAUAGAGCGCAUCUUGCGGGCAUUCGUGAUGACAGACAUGCCCAUUCUGGAUCAUGAGGGUCUGGAUUCGUAUUUGCGGCAGACGCAAUGCUACACUGGUGCAGGUGUGGUGUUGGCCUUGGGGGUUAAGGGGGGCGUUCCUUCAAAAGCAGCUGAUGUUACAUUGGCAAAACAUUUGGGGAAUAUGUAUCCCGAGAUGGGAGAGCAAGUUGUCAAUCCUCGUUCCUUGUUACUUCCAUCCAAGCGGUCGGCGCUGGGAGAAGUGGCUCUGCGGGCCACCAGUGCGGCUUGUUUCAAGGGUUUGACUGAUGUGGUCACUCAUGAUGCUGCUUUACCUGAAGACUGUAGGUUACAUCCUGAUCACGUUGUCCCUGGUCAGUUGCCCAUUUGGGGUUCAAUUAUUGACGACAUCUGGGCUCUUGAGCAUGCAGAUGAGCCUGACUCGGGGAACAUUGGCCCUUCCUGGCUGUCUCAGGCAGAAGCUGCCUGGUGCGCGCGCGGGGUGGAGCCCAAUGUCAAGAAGAGUGUCGACGGCCUAGCUGAUCAAGAAGUUCAGGGCUAUUUCAUCCAUUCCAGAGAUCAUUGGGUGGGUGUUUCCCUGGACAAGCGCAGAUGUUUGUUUCAAGCCAGCAUGCAGGUCCUUCUCAAAAAGUAUGUCAUUGUAGGGGUGGUGGGCCGGUUGAUUGGCAAGCACAGCUUCAUGCAUUCGUGCCGGCCAUCGCUGAGGUCCAUCUUCGAUUGCACCUACCGUUGGAUACAAGGCCUGCGUGAGAGGAGGCUGAUGCCAUAUGCCAUCGCGUGGACUGCAGAGGACCGUCUGCGCAGGCCUGUUGAUGAUGACAGUCGCUUCAUCCAUCCUGUUGACUCUGCGGCGUGUUGUGGGGCUUUCUCGAAGGGUAGGUCCAGCAGCAGCCGAUUGAACAGCAGAUGCAGAAAGGUUUGUAGCGUGAAUCUAGCAGGUGGCCACGAUGUGUUUUAUCCCUGGAUGUCCUCCGGGGAAAAUCCAGCAGACACCCCGUCAAGAUGGUAUGAGCCAAGUUCAGCAGCUUCACUGCCGCAGGUGGAGUUGGCUUCUAGUGAGCCGGUAGCUGAUCUGCGGGAGUUGGGCCCGAGCAGACAGUCUCCCUGGUAUCCCUUGAGCUAUUGCACCGAUAGAGAAAGGGGGCUAUUGAUGGAACCUGGGCAUGGCCUGAGCCGGUUACAGGUUUUCUUGUUGAGCUCGUUAAAGCCGUCAACAAUCGAGAAGUACACCCAAGCUUUGCAAGACCUCAACAAUGAGCUUGAGGAACAGAAUGUGGUAUGGGCUGAACUUACUGAAGAGGAACAAGACUACUUCCUAGCUGACAUGUUGUUGGAUGCCUAUGAAUCUGAUGGGAGCCGUGUUUCUGCAGGUUGGUUGCUUUCUGCCUUGCAAAAAGUGUAUCCCCGCCUCAAGCUGAAAGUGGCUUGGCGAGUCUUUGACACGUGGGGCUUACUGCAACCUUCACGACAAGCACCGGCUGCUCCUCCUGAGUUGCUGCAUGCCAUGUUUGCGACUGCUCUCAUGUUGAAUCGCCCAGUUCUUAGUGGCCUCCUCUUAGUCUGCUAUUGCGGCCUUCUGCGAGUACGGGAGGGCCUUGGUUUGCGUGGACGUGACCUCGUGCUGCAGACAGAUGGUUUGACUUUGUGUUUGGGUAAGACCAAGCGGGGCAUGGAACAAAAGGUUGUUUUGCGUAAUGGGGCUGUUAUCAGUUACAUGCGGUCUUUCUUUGAGCAUUGCGGGUAUCCGGCAAGUGAUGAGUUCGUGUUUCCCAUCUCAUAUGGGUCAGUGUUGCGCUGGGUCAAGCGUUUAUCUGAACUCUUGGGGGCUAAGUCUUUGCAAUUAACCACGCACACAUUGCGACGUUCUGGAGCUUCUGAAUUGUCUAGGCAAGGUAUGCCUUUGGCAGACAUUCUGCUGUAUGGUAGAUGGCUUAGUGAGAAAGCAGCUCGUGAAUAUAUUCGCAAGGGGGAGGUGGCCAUCAUCAGGUCGCGUGGUUUACUGCAGGUGGAAGACUGGGCUCGCAUUGACCGGUGGAGUGCAAUUUGUAAUAAUGCCUGGAAACUCUAUCAUCUGGUUUUCUCUCAGACAGAGGUGGCGUCCCUUCGUUUGGAUCAUGUCACCUGUGAGCGAUUUCGGAGCUAUGCGGGUGAUGGCCAAUACAACACGGAGCAAACGCGUUGGACAUCGCCUAUGUCGCCAACGUCCUGCGGUGGAGGCGUUCGUUAUCACCUCACCUUCGACUCAACUGUCUCAGUGUCUUCGCCUUUGCCCAAAGAUCUUCGCAGCGUGCUGUCACUUCUUGUCCUCAUGCACGGUAGGUCCCAGCUUUCUCGUUGGAUGGAGCGGUUGUCCUCUUGGUCUGAGACGGCCUGCCUUCAAGGCGACAAGGGAUUUAUGAACUUCUGGCGUAUCCCAACUGAGCUAUGCGAUGCUAUGCGCAUGAACAUCGUAGGUAAUGAGGCCCUUCCGACCGACGGACGACAAAGAGCAGCCCUUCCUGCUGCGCCAAUGAGCAGCCCUUCCGAUUCCAACGAUGACCGUUCGCGGACGUGGCAGUUUUCAAAGACAAAGAUGUGCAAAUUCAACUUGGUGGGUAUGUGCACCAAAGGUUUACAGUGCCCGUUCGCUCAUGUGAAGAACGAGCUCAGGGAGCUUCCAGAUUUGACUUGUACAAAGCUCUGCAAGACUCUCAUCCAGACAGGUCUGUGCGAGGAUAGAAACUGCUCUUAUGCUCACAGCAAGGAUGAGCUCAGAGCAACAAGCACAUUUCACAAGACCAAGCUAUGCAGAUUCUCACAGAUGGGCCAUUGUGCCCUGGGGUCCAAGUGCAACUUCGCCCACUCCGAAGAGGAGAUCCGACCCUUGGACACCACGAAGCUUCCAGACCCGCCGGUCGAGAUGACGCCGGAGCCACGCCGCGCACCUGUGCCGGCCCUGAUGCCCGUUCCCCCGAUGCCGGCACCCUCCGCGAAUCCAGCGCGGCCGAGGUCGGGGGCAACGCAGGCCCUGCAGCAGCAACAGCGGCAGCUGGAACAACAACAGCAACAACUGCAGCAACAGCAGAUGCAACAGCAGAUCCAAAUGCAGCAACAGCAGCUUCAACAACAGCACCAGCAGUUGGUGGAGCAACAACAACAGAACAAGAUGCUGGCGCUGGCGCUGCAACAUCAAUUGGCCCUGAGUACCAACAAUUUCCUGCGGGAAAACAUCUUCCCCCAGAGUCUACCUGCUUCAGGAACGGAAGCAGAGUCCCGACAGGAACGGGAGGCCCCCAAACGUCGCGGCGGCCGCCGUGGAAAAGCGGUGCGCAUCGGCAAAGGUGACGGUCACGGUGAUGAUAUGUCUGGCGCACCCCCAGGAAUUCCUGCAUGGGGUGUGGAUGCAAAUCUAUGGAUUCCGGGGCAAGUGCGAAGUCCGCAUCCUUGUGCGCCAGGACCCAUCAGCUUAGCCUCUGAUGCUGACCGCGGCGUGGCGCCGCUUUCGAGUUCCGGCACCGCGGUGGCACCAGCGGCGAAGGUGUCGACGGUGUCGACGGCUGCGGGCGGUCCUGGCCCUGCCUAUGUGAACCCAUCCAUGGUCAACAAGACCUUCCUGGAGAGCGAACUGGGUCCCAUCGGCAAGAUGCGGCCCAUUCGCUCAGCCGCGGGCCGCUUAGAUCGCUUGGCUGCGAGUGAGAGUGACGAGGAGGAGGCGCAGGUCUUGGACAGUAGCCUUUACGACUUGUCUCAAGCUGCAGGUCUAGUCUCUCACUUGGCAAAUCCUCACCUUGAGGUCCAGCUGAAGGAGCGUGAGAAUCGAGCGGGAAGUGCUGGGGCCACUUCGGCGGGCUCGACACAAGCAUGUCCCAGUCAUGCCAGUACGUGCCUCAACCCGGCCAAUGGUUUGUGGGACUCCCAGCUCUAUGCGCAAAGCUACAGCCCAACCCUGGAGCGCGAAGAUGUUUGGCAGGUCAAGAACACCUUCCUCACCCUUUCCCCACGCGCAAAGCCCAUUCGCUCGGUGCGCACCGCCGAUGGCGCACUGUGCGAGCUGGGCUCCCUUCUGGAUGACGAAGCGUGA